CGCAUGUCAUCAACAACCGCUUUUGUUUUUUCGUCAAGACACGCAGAGGUGGUGAGGUAAUUUCAAAUCCUUUUAAAACACCCGCGUGCACGUUUUGGGACUUCUCAAACGGUUCGUUCCAGCCGAACGCAACAUGGGUUGGAAGUAAACGCGGCGCUGGAGAAAGUGGCGUUUGUGGGUCGUCUGUCCAUGUUACAGGCACCGGGAAGAAGAAAAGGAAGAAUCUCUGCCAAGAUGCUGCGAUCAAACUGGGCCGUAACCCAGCUUAGUCACUCUAUUCGGAAAAGGGAUAGUGUCAGUACUUCCUACUGUAGUGUUUCUGCUUGACCGACGUCAAGUUGCGGGAACAGCUCGACAGACAAAUAGUGAAAGUGUGAACGUCCGAAGCGAGUUAGCCACAUAGCUACACAGCUACUCCUGCGGGAAGACAUUUAAAAUGGCGGAAGCUUGGCCCCUUCCCUCGGCCUUGGUCUUCGUGUUUCUAGGUGCGAGUGCCUGGGGCCUCGAGACCUGUCCAGCUCCUUGCUCGUGCUCCACGGGACCGGACGAGCUCCCUGUUUUGGAUUGCAACAGGAGACGGCUCUCUAUGGCUCCAUUGGAGCCACCGUUGGGGAUAACCCAAGUUUUAAUGAACUACAAUGAACUGACAGUCCUCCCCUUCCUUGGAGGAGCCUCUGCCAACAUCACAUCACUGUCACUAAUACACAACCGCAUCUCUGAGCUCUUGAUGCAUCAGCUGCUGCCGUAUGAGUCACUGGAGUCGCUGGAUCUGACAUCUAACUCCCUUUCUGAGAUCAGAGUGGGAAUCUUCCCAUCCUUGCAGCUAAAAUAUCUGAAUUUGAGUAAUAACAAGAUCAGCGUCCUGGAGCCGGGCUGCUUCGACAAUAUCUCCAGCUCUUUGCUGGUGUUGAAACUUAACAGAAACAGAUUGACUGUGCUUCCAUCUAAAGUCUUCAAACUUUCCAGUCUGCAGUUUCUUGAAAUGAAGCGUAACAAGAUCAGGAUCGUGGACAGCCUGACGUUCAAAGGGAUGGAAGCGUUGCAGUCACUAAAGUUGCAAAGAAAUGGCAUCACCAAACUCAUGGAUGGCGCCUUUUUUGGGCUCAUUAACAUGGAAGAACUAGAGCUUGAGCAAAACAACCUAACGGAGGUGAACAAAGGUUGGUUAUACGGCCUGCGCAUGCUCCGUAUCCUGCGAGUGAGCCAGAACGCUGUGGGCAUCAUCCGACCAGAUGCCUGGGAGUUUUGCCAAAAGCUGGAGGAGCUAGACCUUUCCUUUAAUCACCUGACCAGACUGGAGGACACUGCUUUUGUGGGAUUAGGUCUUCUAGAGAGCUUGAACCUUAGCGAGAACGCCAUCAGCCACGUGGGGGAGAGGGUGUUCAGUAGUUUGGCCAAUCUGCGCACACUGGACAUCCACAAUAAUGAAAUUUCUUGGGCCAUCGAAGACUCCAUCUGCGUGUUUGAUGGAAUGAAGAAGCUGAACACAUUAAUAUUACAACAGAACAAAAUCAAGUCAAUCACUAAGAAAGCCUUUGAGGGUCUGGAUGAGCUGGAGCAUCUGGAUCUCGGGAGGAAUGACAUCAUGUCAAUCCAUCCUGAGGCAUUACUGCAUACAAAGCUCAAAGUGUUCAUCCUCAACACAAGCAGCCUGCUGUGCGACUGUCACAUGCAGUGGCUCGGACCCUGGCUCACCAGCAGCCACUUCCUUCAUUCCGUCUGUGCCGUUUGCGCCCACCCUGCCGGCUUGCUUGGUCAUGAUGUCCUUUCAGUCAGCCCCGAAGAUUUUGUCUGUGAUGACUUCCCCAAGCCUCGGAUCACCACUCAUCCCGUGACAUCGGUGGUCCUGCGCGGCAACAACGUGACCCUGAGCUGCGUGGCGUUGAGCAGCAGCGACUCUCCAAUGAGCACAGCAUGGCGGAAGGACGGCGAGGUGCUUUACGGUGCCGAGGUCCAGAACUACGCCCGGUACCAGGAAGGCGAGCUGAUCUACACCACAGUGUUGCACCUCCUCAAUGUCAACUUCACCGAUGAGGGAUGUUACCAGUGCGUGGUGUCCAACCACUUUGGCGCCAACUACUCCAACAGGGCCAGGCUCACCGUUAACGAGCUGCCAUCCUUCCUCAAGACCCCUAUGGAUCUGACCAUCCGCACUGGGACGAUGGCCAGACUGGAGUGUGCCGCCGAGGGCCACCCUUCGCCGCAGAUCGCUUGGCAAAAGGACGGCGGCACCGACUUCCCCGCUGCCCGUGAGCGCAGGAUGCAUGUGAUGCCGGAUGACGACAUCUUCUUCAUCGCCAAUGUGAAGACGGAGGACAUGGGGGUCUACAGCUGUACUGCGCAGAACAUGGCGGGCAGCUUGUCUGCCAAUGCCACUCUCACUGUCCUGGAAACUCCUUCAUUUAUGAGGCCCUUGGAGGAUAGAACCGUGGCCAGAGGUGAAACGGCUGUGCUUCAGUGCAUAACUGGAGGCAGCCCCGCCCCACGUUUAAACUGGACCAAAGACGAUGGUCCCCUGGUGCUGACGGAGCGCCACUUCUUUGCCGCUGCCAAUCAGCUCCUAAUCAUAGUCGACGCAGGCCCCAGUGAUGCCGGCAAGUACACUUGCAUCAUGUCCAACACGCUGGGAACUGAGCGUGGCCACAUCUACCUGGCCGUCUCGCCAUCGCCCAACUGUGACACCGGUGCUGGGUACAACGAGGACGGCUGGACCACCGUGGGUAUCGUGGUGAUCGUGGUGGUAUGCUGCGUGGUUGGGACCUCACUGGUGUGGGUCAUUGUCAUCUAUCACAUGCGCAGGAAAAGUGAAGACUACAGCAUCACCAACACGGAUGACAUGAAUUUACCACCAGACAUUCCCAGCUACCUCUCUUCUCAGGGGACUUUGUCAGAACCUCCGGAAGGCUACAGCAACUCUGAGGCCGGCAGCCAUCAGCAGCUCAUGCCUACUUUCUCAAAUGGAUACAUACACAAGGGCACAGACAGUGUGUGCUACGGAGACGCAGGCAGCGAGGUGGAAACUGACGGCAACGGGCGGCUUCACUGCCGGGUGGGUUCUCUGUUCACGGGCCGUAGCAGCUUCCAGCCUGGUGAGGCUUGUGACGGACCAGCUGGAGGCCCCUCAGGUGCGGCAGGCCCGCUGGUCAUUUGCUCUGACUGCUAUGACAACGCCAACAUCUACGCUCGCACGCGGGACUACUGCCCCUACGCCUACCUGGGCGAAGAUAACAGCAUGGACACAGAUCUGCCGGGCUUCAAGGAGAGUUUCGGUGCGCGCGCUCGGCAAGAGGACAUCUCUGUGGACCGCCUCCUUGGCAAACAAGACUCUGAGAGAACCGGCAGCCAGACGUCAUUUGAAGAGUGUGCAAGUGACGUCCUCAGCAACCCUGUGUGGGGCGAAAGACAAAACUGGAAGCCCCCCGCGAGCAGGACAGUUCCUCAACCGGAGGAUGCGGGGGCGAGCACGCCCAACCACAGACUAGCCCUGAAAAGGACUCACCCUCAGGACCGUCCGGCACCCACAUAGGACCACCCCUUCCAUGUACACCCGCCCAACCUCACUCCUGCACCCACUACCUCCUUAAACACUCUGCCAAAGAUUCCCUCUGAGAGUGUUUGUGCAUCGCUCGCCUCUCAAUGAACAAAGGUGACCUCUGGCCAUCACUUGUGCUGAACGCCGUUAAUGUAAGAUUUGGAGGGACAUUUUUAUGUACACUGUGAAGGGAGCCAUCCUUGAGAUAUCACCAAGUCGCCAGAGGUCACCAAGUGAAGACUGCGUAGAGACCGUGAUGCCGCAAUGUGCCGUGUUAUUACCAUUGCAUAUGAAUAUAACCUCAACUUUCCACGGUCAUCCAGCCUUCCUUUUCAAGCAGUUUACAGAGUGGCAGUGCCUUUAUUUUAUGUGACAAUCAUGUUUUUCUUCUUUUAUUAGUGUCACCUCUAUUUGAGGCGACACGCGCACUGAUCCGUCUCCCCUUCACCGCUCACAAGCACUUAAUUUAACAGUAAUCUUUCAUUAUUACUGAACCCACAAUCCUUCUGCAGAGAAAAGGUUGGCACUGUGAACAAAAAGUGUAGAAUGUAUUUUAUACAAUUCUGUACAGGCUAGUAAUCUGUUAUAUUUUAUGCUUUGUCUGUACCCUCAACCCCCUUUCAAAAAAACAGUUCGCAACUUAUUUUACCCAGGAAGUUUCUUGUGAGAUAUACAGUGGAACCCCAAACGUUCAAAGAGCUUUUGGCAGUACAGGCAACCUUUUAAGUGACAUUCCUGUCAUAUGCAUGUAAGGAGAAACGUUUCGCUCUAUAUCAGGCCAUCCUUUUUCUUUCAGUUAGUCCUCACUAGGGUCACAAUUGAGCUGGAGCCGUGAGUCGAACAAGCACCUUGAGAGGCAGACUGGAUAACCCCUCCCAAUAAGUUGAAUUUGUGCCAGGCGCAAAACCCUUCUCAUGAACCGGAUGGGUAAUGUUUCAAGUGUCAUCCCUAUCUGUUAUACAAGUGUAAAGAGAAGAUGAGCAGGAGCCACUUAAGAAAAAGAAAGUAAAAUUACUCGCCUGCAAUGGAGAAGGGAAUAGGGUGUUUUACAAAGCCAUAUGUCCCCCAGCAUACAAAAAGACUCGUGAGUAAGCUCGACAACUUUUCCUGGUUGCAACAAAAUCCACAAACAAGCCAAAGAAAAUGCAAUGUAAUCACAGCUUCUGUUUGAGUGUGUAUCGUCAAAUUCUUCAACAUAACUACGCACACAAUGUUUUCAAGUAUCAUUCUGAUAUUUCUCCCCCGUCUUACAAGUCGUUAGCCCAACCGCAUAGUUCCCAAAGUCCUGUUUGACUGUUUUUCGGAUGUUAUUUUGAAUUCAUGUUGUGGCAGCAAGUUAAAAAUGACUACUCAUUUUGCUCAUUAGGCUAAAGAUAUUAGUAAAAAGCCAACAAAACAUGCUUGCUCACAAUGUGUUAUCCAUCCAUCCAUUUUCCGAACCGCUUGAUCCUCACUAGGGUCGCGGGGGGUGCUGGACCCUAUCCCAUCUAUCUUCGGGCAGUAGGCGGGGGACACCCUGAAUCGGUUGCCAGCCAAUCGCAGGGCACACAGAGACGAACAACCAUGCGUGCUGACACUCACACCUAGGGACAAUUUAGAGCGCCCAAUUAGCCUGCCAUGCAUGUUUUUUGGAAUGUCGGAGGAAACCGGAGCACCCAGAGAAAACCCACGCAGGCCCGGGGAGAACAUGCAAACUCCACACAGGGAGGCCGGAGCUGGAAUCGAACCCAAUACCUCUGCACUGUGAUACCGACGUGCUAACCACUGGACUACCGGGCCGCCACAAUGUGUUAUUGAUUUCUGAAAACAUUCAAAUGAGGCUAACAAAGUGUGAAAUGAAAUUAAUCACUGCUGAGACUGCCCUUUGAAAAAUAUUCUUCAAACUCGCAUGUACAACGUUGGGGUUCCUUCGACUUUGGGGAGGACUGGCUGUACUUUAUCUCACUAUUAUGUCAAAUGCAGCAUACGUAACUGAAACAAUGUCAUCCUCUGUCACCUUUUUUUGCACUUGGAAUUUGUUGCUCCGCUGGGGACAUUGCACACGUUACUCAUUUUGUUGUUUUACCACAAAACGGUACCGUCCUUUAAAAUGGGGACCCUCUCAAGUCUCACAGUGGUAGGUUGAGUGUCUCCUCCCCCUUCCAUCACUUGUUUAUGUAAGCAGUCAAACCUCAGAAGCCUUAUGUGCAUUUACAAUUUAUUUUUUUUACUAUUAUGUUUACUUGUUAAUUCUUAGUUCACAUUCCAGAUGUACAUUUGUUUUUUUUUGUUGUUCUACAUGGACCUAUCUCUGUUCACUUUGGAUGUUUUCAAAAGUUGAUAUCGUCGCAUGACGUUAUUGUUGGCAUUUCACUGUCAUUUCGUUUCGUUUUCCUCAAUACCAAAGCUUACAACUAAAGUUAAAUUAAAGAAACGUCUGCAGUGUGUGUGCGCGCACGUUCGUGUGCUUGAGAGCGAGACACACACACGUUUAUUUCUAGUUCUAUUUUGAGACCGUGUACAUUGUGCAAAGCAUGUUUAAUCAAACAUGAAAAGUUUUUGUUACAUAGCUAUUAUAAGACAAUAAACAUUGUGUUCGACA